AUUUUAAGGUUUCAAAAGGUACCCUUUCCCCCCGCCCCCCACAGGUCUGAGUUUCCAGUGUGACCAUCUUCCAAAAUACCAUACCUUCUUCUCAAUGUACCUAUCAUGAAUGUCUCAUAUUUCACUAAUCCCUUGAAGUCACAUUUUCCUUAAAUGCCUGAAUAAAAAGACAGACCUAUAAUAUAAUUUGAUUAUAUGUAAGGAUUUAAUCAUUUACCAGGUGUCCAGAGAUUUCCUGGGAUAUGUAUCUGAUCCAAAAUUUUUCCUUGUUUUCACUUUCCACCUCCACUUCUGGUUUGGACUAUAAAUUACUGUAUAUGGCCAUCCUGCUGCUAAUAAUAAAAUUUGAAAUUAAAAUAAUUAGGUACUACAUCUAGCAACACUGCAGCCAAAGUAAUCCUGAUCUUUUUCUAAAAACCUAAGCCAAACCAUAUCAUUCCUCUGCUCAAAACCCUCAGUGACUCUAUCUCCUUCUGGGUAAAAGCCAAAUUCCUUAAAAUGUUCUAUAGUGCUACAUGAUCUGACUUCCUUUUAACUUUCUAGCAUCAUCCCUGUAAUAGUCUCUACUUCCAUCAUUUGGCUCAGUCACAGAGUUAUUUAUCACAUGUUUCCCAGAACAUGUGAAGUCCACUCCCUCCUUGAACUCUAGUAAAUAUUGCAACCCAUCUCUCUGGCCUCCUAGCUGUUAAUACACUGCACACAUAUUUAUUUUGAUGUAUAACUCCCCACACUAGAAUUUUAACUUCAGUAGGGCGGGAGUCAUAUCUAGCUUUCAUGACUGUAUUCUUAGCAACUAGAAAGGUACCUGGCUCAUAAUUUGUGCUCAGUAUUUAUUGUCUAAUUAUUUAUUUGCCACAGAUGCAGAAUCUCAAACAAAUCAGUUUGUAUAAAAUAUUAGAUGUCAUCAAAAUCGUUUCUAGGACUUCACAGAUGGAAAAAAUAAGGCCUAGAGUGGUCACAAAGCUAUUUUCACCAAAAGUAGAAUUAAAAAAAAACAGCUCUGAUUUUCUCAAUGAUUCAGCAGAGUGGAGUGCAAGUUAUUCCUAACUUUGUAUUUAAACUAAUAGCUGCCUAAAGCUCUUUCCAAUUUAAAAUAUUUACAGGUUACUAGCCUGUUGUCUUUUCUUUUAACAGAAUUAUUCAUUCAUAAUGUGAACAUUCACUCUUAACUUCCAUUACAUUUUCUUAACAUUGUUAUUUAUUCAGCAAAUAUUUUAAUAACUGUCAUAUAUAAAACAUUUGCAGUACAGUGGGUAUUUCAAAGAUGAACGUCAGCUUUAUGAUUACAGUUUCAUGAUACUUACACACUAAAUCAGACACUUCUUAUGUGCCACCUUAGAUCCUUUCAGUGCCACUUGUGUUCUGGGAAGAUGGCCCUUGCUUCUGCUCCAGCCACUGGGACAACAACUGAGUAAUCUCAUAUGUGCAGUUUCCUAUGUGCAGUGCCCAAGAGCGUCACACAUCAGGUCUUUGCUGUGUUUCUUUCAUGUCCUCUGUAGGGCUUCAUAGUUGUCACUAAAGCAUGUGAUGAUGCAUUGGAGCCCUGUCAGCACCCAUAGGUAUGUGUCCCAUUUGUGCAGGAAGAUGGUGCACCAUUGGAUGAACCUUAGACCAGGGAGAAACAGGAGGUAGCCUAUGAUUUUGUCCUCCUAGAAGGAGUUUAUUUGACCAUUUUGAAGAUAGUUCUUCAAAAUUGAGUGAACAAUUACAUCUGACACCAUCAGUAAUGCACUAUGACAUUGGCUCUGCCUCCUUUCCUGGCUCAUCCCCCUUUUCCCUCGCUCCUGAUUCUCAGGGGGUCAUAGUCCUUAACAACAUUGUGGGAAAGGUUCUUUCUGGGAAAGGCUGAGACAUUAUAAGAACCUUAAAACCUAGUAAGAGAAAGUAUAUUCAGGCAUACAUAGCUACUGCAAAGUCCCAUGUAACUUAUCGUAAUAAACACAUACCAAAGACUACACAAGUUCAGAGGAAAGAGAGCUCUUUGUUGACUGAAAUGAAAAAAAAAUUGUUAAAAAUAUAAAUUUUAUUGUGUUCGAUGCUAAGCAAAAUUUUUUUAGAGACAGAAAGUUAAACCCAACAAAAUAUAUAGUGCUAGUAAUGGUCAUGGCAUGUCCAAAUAGAGCAUGGAGUACAUUUAUAAAUACUGAGGGUGUGUGUGUAUUUGUGUGUGUAUGUUGGAGAAAAAUGUUGAAAUCGUCUUCUGAAAGCUGCUUUCUUGAAAAUAAUUCUAAUGGAUUAUUGAUCUUUUGAAAUUUGUGGUUAAUAAAACCAAAUUACCAGCCUGACUCUGAAAGUAUUGUCUACUAAAACGGGGAUUACAGCAUUUUUCAAGAACACAAGUGACCGUACUUUAGAGAAAUAAUGUGGCAAUGCUGUUGUGUAUGUUUACAGAUUUAUUCAAUCCCCAGUCUGGCAAUGGCUAAGAUUAUUGUGACCUCUGUGGGCUGAAGAGGGAUAAUUUUAAAAUGUAGUUUGACCUGUGGAAAGAAAGUUAGGAUGCUGACAUUCAGAAAGCAUGGUUCUAAAUCACCUGUUCACUUCGUUUACAACACUCAAUUAUAUAUUCAGUGCUUCAGAUAGUUUUAGAAAAAAGGAAAGUAAAAAUUAGCAAACCUGACAGCCACUAAGUCAGAUAGGCCUACUAUAAUGAAUGCUAAUCAAAACUGAUUGCCACUAUUGUAUCUUUUAGUGUGUGACAAACCUAAAUCAAGAAUUGAUUUUAAUGAAUCUGAGGUCUAAUGAAUGAAUCACUCUACUUGGAGAUCAGCCUUGAGUAGAAUUUGACUGAAGAUGUUUCAACAGUGUUGUCUCUGGAAAUCUUUAGCUUCAGGGAUCAUCAUUGGCUCUCUUUUCACAAUCUGCUUGGGCCAGUACGACGAUGACUGGCAAUAUGAGGAUUGCAAACUAGCUAGGGGAGGACCACCAGCUACCAUAGUUGCUAUUGAUGAAGAGAGUCGGAAUGGUACAAUUCUGGUGGACAACAUGUUGAUCAAAGGGACUGCUGGAGGACCAGACCCCACCAUAGAACUCUCUUUAAAGGACAACGUGGAUUACUGGGUGUUGUUGGAUCCUGUUAAACAAAUGCUUUUCCUGAACAGCACGGGCAGAGUUCUGGAUAGAGAUCCACCGAUGAACAUACACUCCAUUGUGGUGCAAGUCCAGUGUAUCAACAAAAAAGUGGGCACUGUCAUCUACCAUGAAGUGCGAAUCGUGGUGAGAGACAGGAAUGACAAUUCACCCACGUUCAAGCAUGAAAGCUACUAUGCCACAGUAAAUGAGCUCACUCCAGUUGGCACCACAAUAUUUACAGGAUUUUCAGGAGACAAUGGAGCUACAGACAUAGAUGAUGGCCCAAAUGGACAGAUAGAAUAUGUUAUUCAAUACAAUCCAGAUGAUCCGACAUCCAAUGACACCUUUGAAAUCCCCCUAAUGUUGACUGGAAAUGUGGUGUUAAGGAAGAGGCUCAACUAUGAAGAUAAAACUCGCUACUUUGUCAUCAUCCAAGCUAAUGACCGUGCACAAAACCUGAACGAAAGGCGGACCACUACCACCACCCUCACAGUGGAUAUUCUGGAUGGAGAUGACUUGGGUCCAAUGUUUCUUCCGUGUGUCCUUGUGCCAAACACUCGUGAUUGUCGUCCACUCACUUACCAAGCUGCCAUACCUGAGUUGAGAACUCCGGAAGAACUGAACCCCAUUAUUGUUACCCCACCGAUCCAAGCCAUUGAUCAAGACCGGAAUAUACAACCACCAUCAGAUAGGCCAGGAAUCCUCUAUUCCAUCCUUGUUGGGACUCCUGAGGAUUACCCACGAUUUUUCCAUAUGCAUCCUAGGACUGCAGAACUUAGUCUCCUGGAACCAGUAAACAGAGACUUUCACCAGAAAUUUGAUUUGGUUAUUAAGGCUGAACAGGACAAUGGCCAUCCUCUUCCUGCCUUUGCCAGUCUACACAUUGAAAUACUGGAUGAAAACAAUCAAAGCCCGUACUUCACAAUGUCCAGUUAUCAAGGCUAUAUUCUGGAAUCUGCCCCUGUGGGAGCAACCAUUUCUGACAGUUUAAAUUUGACCAGUCCUCUAAGAAUAGUAGCUCUGGACAAAGACAUAGAAGAUGUAAGUUAAGUAUAUAUAUUUUGUUCUUGUUUGUUUAGUACAUCUGUUGUUAUAUUUAUUUUAAUAGGACAUAUUUCAAAGAUAUGGCUAUAUGAACUGUAUUACAGAGAACAAUAUCAGUAUAAAUGAGUUUUAGUGUUAUAAUUCAAUUUCAAAGCAAGGAUAUUUCAAGAUAUGUAUUUAAUAACUCUUUUUUCAGUUUACAGAUAUUCAGUAUAUGAAAGAAAAAGAAUGUUUCACUUGAUGUUUGCUAAAUCAGCAGGGCAACAUUUUUUAUUAACA